CACUCUCACAGUGUCAUUCCCCACCAUGCACUCCAACUGUUGUAUAAAUGCCCCUGUGAACUCUCAUCGCCAUCACUGAAAACCUUCGCCUCAUAGUAAAAUCUAAGCUUUCUCCAACCCCAAUUCGAUCCCCAUGGCGGCGACAAUCACCUCCACCUUGAAAACCCCUUUCCUCGACACCAAAUCGGUCUUCAAUGGCGCCCCGAUCCCGGCCUCCAUCGCCCGCUUCACAACCAUGAAACCCGCCUCUGCAGGCGUCUCCAUGUCCAUGUCCAGCCCGCCGCCUUACGACCUGAACUCCUUCAAGUUCGCGCCGAUCAAGGAAUCCAUCGUCUCCCGCGAAAUGACCCGCCGAUACAUGACCGACAUGCUCACCUACGCCGACACAGACGUCGUCAUCGUCGGCGCCGGAUCCGCCGGACUCUCCUGCGCCUACGAGCUCAGCAAGAACCCCGACAUCCGGAUCGCCAUCAUCGAGCAGUCCGUCAGCCCCGGCGGCGGCGCGUGGCUCGGCGGCCAGCUGUUCUCCGCCAUGGUCGUCCGCAAGCCCGCACACCUCUUCCUCAACGAGAUCGGCGUCGACUACGACGAGCAGGACGACUACGUCGUCAUCAAGCACGCGGCGCUGUUCACCUCGACGAUCAUGAGCAAGCUGCUGGCACGGCCGAACGUGAAGCUGUUCAACGCCGUUGCGGCGGAGGAUCUGAUCGUGAAGGGAGGCAGAGUAGGCGGCGUGGUGACGAACUGGGCGUUGGUUUCGAUGAACCACGACACACAGUCGUGUAUGGACCCGAACGUGAUGGAGGCGAAAGUGGUGGUGAGCUCGUGCGGCCACGACGGGCCGUUCGGAGCCACGGGAGUGAAGAGGCUGAUGGACAUCGGGAUGAUCGACAAGGUUCCAGGGAUGAAGGCGCUCGACAUGAACGCGGCCGAGGAUGCGAUCGUUAGGCUGACGAGGGAAGUUGUCCCCGGGAUGAUUGUUACGGGGAUGGAAGUUGCUGAGAUCGAUGGGGCUCCCAGAAUGGGACCAACAUUUGGAGCGAUGAUGAUCUCCGGCCAGAAGGCGGCUCAUUUGGCACUGAAGGCGCUUGGAGAAGCAAAUGCCUUGGACGGUGGAGUCAACGGCAAGGUGAAGCAGCCGGAGUUUGUUAUCGCUGAUGCAGAAACUGCCGGAGAGACUGUGGAUGCUUAAUGAGGACUAUGUAAAAGUAACUAAUAAAUGAAUGUCGAGUUAAUGAUAAUAAGAGGAGAAGGGAAGAAGAAGAACUAGUGUGUGAAUGAGGUGUUUGCUAGUUUCUUUGGGUGUUUUUUCUUCGUUCUUUUGGCUUUUUGGAAGAGUGGUCGUUGACGAGUUUUAGUUAACUUGGGAAAGUGCUAAUCCGUGUUUGAUCUGGAUUUCAGUUGGAGUGCUUCUUGUGUGAGCCAUUUCGGUCCAGUCAAUCAAGCCAACUUUAUGGGCUUCAGGCCUCUACCUGUAAACAUGGGCCAAAUGUUUGAAGUAAUAUCAUGGUGGGCUAUGAUUCUGUCUUGGACUUUUAGACUCCUGCAUGGAUUCAUCAAUUACCCCUAAUUCCCUCGACUUCUCUAGAACGGUAGAAGUACAAGUCCAUUUAUUUUUAGGCUUAAGGAAAGCCCAUUAGUGAAGGAACUUCCUUACGGAACAUAAUGACUUGAUUCUAUUCCAUUCUUAGGUUCAACAUCAUUCGUGCAUAGUCGUAAGUCGGGCCAUUGAAGCUAUCGAAUGGUCACUUAAUCACCUUCUUUGCCCACGAUCUUGUUGUAUGUUCGAGCUCGUUA